AUGAAGUCUAUCAAUCGGUUUUUGUAUGGUCCCAGCCCCGAGGAGAAAGUGCGUGAAUGGCAAUCCAAGUUGAGAACGCAACAACGGCAGCUCGAUAGAGAAAUACAGAAUCUGGACAGACACGUCGGGAAGUCAAGACAAGAGCUCAAAGGAUUGGCGAAGAAAAACGAUGUCAAAUCUGCCCGGAUAUUGGCCAAAGAGUUAGUUCGAGCCGGAAAACAACGGGAUCGAUUAGAGAGCUCCAAGGCUAGACUAUCAAGUGUUCAGAUGCAACUUCAACAUCAAUUAUCCAUGGUGAAGGUGACUGGGGCGUUUCAGAAGAGUACGGAAAUCAUGAAGAUGACGAAUCAAUUGGUCAAAUUACCUCAACUUCAUGCGACCAUGCGUGAGAUGUCAAUGGAGAUGAUGAAAUCUGGGAUCAUGGAAGAGAUGAUGGAAGAAACACUAGAUAGCGUAGACGAGGAAGAUUUGGAGGAAGAAGCAGAUGCGGAGGUGGAUAAAGUCUUGUUCGAAUUGACUGAUGGCAAAUUGGGUCAAGCUGGGAAAGUGGGCACAGAGCUACCAGUGACAGAGGACGACGAAAGCGAAGAGGAAAUGCAAAGGAUGCGGAGAGAGAUGCAGGAUUUAUUAUCCAGUUGA